AUGGAGAAGAAGCUGCUUGAGGCAGUAGAGAAAUCGAGAGCACCUCCGCCACCUGCACCCAAAGAGCAGCAGUAUACGCUGCCACCACCGUCGGAAGAGCAUCACUAUUACUAUUGCGAGUUUCCCCCUGAGGCGGAGCCGCUGCCCCAAGUAAAUGCCUUUGGCCACUGGAACGCAAAUGGCAACUGGAUCCAGGGAAAGCAAAUAGACGCCCCAUGGAGAGAUCACCCAAACUUUCGAUGGACUGACCAGAACCAAAGCCAGCCACCACAACCCUCAACACAGCAGAUGCAACCUUCUGAAGGGCACCCCAACUGGCCUGUUGGGAUCCAGGAUAGACCAAACACUGGAGGAAACAUAAUACAAGGCGUAACUCAAGGCAACUGGUCUGAUGGAGGACAACCCAACUGGUCAAGCAGACAAUCGGGGGGGAACUGGGGAUACAGACUUCAGGGCCCACAGUCAAGCAAUCAGGGAAAACAACCAAACAAUCAGAUGGUCAGUUACGUUCCACCACACCAACGGGGAAAUCUGUACCCUAUAAAUCAACAGUACAAUCAGCCGCAAUACCAGCAAGAGCAUUAUGGACAAUAUGACUACCCGCAGCCCAACUACAGAAAUCCAAGAGGCUCAGAAGGAGCAGCGGGGGGCGUUGGAUAUGCUGAAAAAGCAACUUCACAAGUUGCGAUGUCACUGGGCGAGAUGAGAGGAAAAGAAGGAGGGAUUCCAGCCACUGUGCAGACACCUGGUCGUGAAAACAUUAGCGAAGUAACCCUGAGAUUAGGAAAAGCCUACCAGGGCCCUACUCCACCUGUGGAAUCUCCAGCAUUUACGCCUGGGCCGAGCCAUGAAGGAGAAGGAGAAUCCAGCAAAGCAAAGCAAGCAAAAGAGAGUGAAAAGGGCUAG